GUGUUGGUCGACGUUAUUGGCCAAUGCUUCGGCAUCGUGUUCUCCGCUCUCCUGCUGGAUCUCGGGACGUCCUCGCUCAUGACGGCCUGGAUCUUCAACAUGUUCGGCUUCCUGUGGUGUCUGACGGGCCCUCCUUUGAGUCCUUUGAUCAAGGAAUGCGGCUGGAGGAGGGUGACCUUCGUUGCCGCCUUCCUGCUGGCGGCCUCGACGAUCUCGUCCGCCUUCGUUACGUCCGCCUGGGUUCUCUUCCUCACGUAUUCUGUUCUUGGGGGCAUCGCGUGCGGGUUGCUCUCCAACAUAAGCUACAUGAUCGUCCCUCACUACUUCACGACGAGGCGCGGCCUGGCCAGCGGCAUCAUCAUGAUGUGGGACUGCGGCGGUCAGCUCCUGGGGCCGCCCCUCGUCAAACUCCUGCAGGACGAGUAUGCUUACAAGGGCGCCACGCUCAUCCUCGGGGGCGUUGUCCUCAACUGCUGUGUGGGCGCCGCUGUUUUCCACCCCGUGGAGCGGCACUUGAAACCUAGGGGUGUUCUCGCUGAGCGCGUCGUCGCAAGAUCUCCGUCGGGCGCCCUCGGGGGCGGCUUGGCGCGUCGGUCGAACAACCCGAGGCCGCCGACGCGAACGCUCGUCUGGCGCAUCGUCCAGUCGACUCUCGAGGACCUGCGGAUCCUCACCUCGGCGCGGGCCGCCAUCAUCGCCGUCGGGGCAACGGUCAUCUUCAAUGGCUACCUGAAUUUCCUGGCCUUCGUCCCGUUCGCGAUGCAGGAAGCGGGGCACUCGCUCGGAGACGCUGCCGCCUGCGUCUCUUUCUCGGCCGUUUGCAACAUGCUGACGAGAAUCACGGUGGCCUCGCUGUCGGACAUGAAGAUGUUCAACUUCCGAGUCUGCUACAUGCUGGGCGGUCUUACGAUCACGGCGUCGAUGCUCACAUUUACCCUUCUGACGGACAUGGCAUGGAUCAGAGUGACCAUGGGCGUGUGGGGAUGUGGUGUGGGGGCCUUCAUGAGUAUAUUCAACCUCAUCAUGGUGCAUUACAUGGGACUAGACAGAUUCAUGGCCAUGCUUGGGGCGACGAUGCUGUUCAUAGCGAGUGGAUACCUCACGAUCGGGCCACUUGCACGCUACAUCCGGGAUACUACAGGCAGUUACAGUGUUGCCAUAUGGAUGUUGUCCGCCACAGUGUUCUCCAGUUGCCUCCUCUGGCUCUUUAUGCCAGCUGCCGAGAUCUAUGACUCUAAACGGAAGCAGGGCAAAGAUAGCCCGGCUCAAUGCUGAAAACCUCUGAUCAAACUUCGCUAAUCUUUGGUGCGCGCUUUGUGACCUAUCUUUGCGGAGAAGUCUAUCAGGUAUGCCACAGGCUUCGUCCCGUCGUAACCACGAUAUCAUUAUGCUACACCAUCCUCCAGCAGAGCCAACUCGCCUUCCAGGUACUUCAGGAAUACACCGUGGGAGGGGCGUUUCAUCUUGCUGUAGUCCAUACCCCUCUCCAGAAGCUCUAGCAGAGCAGGCUUCUUGGCUUCCAAAAACGGAUAAAUCUGCCUCAGGGUGAAAGAUAACCCCACGAUAUCAGUUCUGUGAUCAAGAACUCCACCCCGGAAGAUUUCGGCCGCGUACCAAGGGCGCUUCAUUACCUCCCGCCUCCAGCAGAGACGGCGGUCUCUGAAGUGGGACUUCCGACCGAUCUUCGUAGCGCAUCCAAAGUCUAUCAGAUGGACCUGUGGCUCUCCGUUUUCGUACGUCACCAUAGCAUUAUCAGCCUUCAAGUCAGCGGGGACUAUUCCGCAGUCACUUAACUCCUUCACCUGCUUCGUAAGUGAGAUCGUUAUCUUCAACAACUGGCGAUCGUCAAGCUUAUUACGGUGCAACAGUGAAUACAGGUUAUUAAAGCCCAGACACUCCAUGAUGAUAAUGCCAGCUUUUGGCUCGCAGCAGAAGAUCCUAGGCGCGCCCGCCCGGCCUCUCAGAUAAGCCAAAAUCGAAGCCUCGUGCCGAGUUAAGUGCUCAACGCCAUACCUGCCUCUCUUCGUGUUGAUCUUAGCUAUAACCGGCAUAGCGACUCCCGGGAUUUUUGUCAGAUAAAUAUUAGCAUAACCUCCAGAUCCUACCUUCAUCUUCUGGGAUAACAAAUCUCCUAGUCCUGAAACUAUGUAAGGAUCAACAAUUUCAGAAAAUUUUGAAAUUACCGUAAACCAAGACUCUAUCGUUCGCUUAUUAUCAUAAACACAUGAAAACCACUUAGACGUAUUUCUAAGGCAGGAUUCAGCCUUGAAAACAAAAUUUUUCAAUGACUAACUUUUAUUAUUAAAACAUACAUAGAAUAGUAGUUGUAUCACUAU